AUGUUAACAGUGCUAUUUGCGUCAGUAAUCGUAUCACUUAUUGUUACGAACAUAGGAGCAACAGCUUCGCUUUUCAAUAAUGCAAUUCAAGAUCAACCGGAAGUGGAAUGUGGACAAGGUACUAUAGCAGUACGCGUGAAAACAGCAUCGCAGAUGCCAUCAUAUAUUUUUGCCAAAGGUCAUUUCCACAAGGAUGGUUGUUACUUCAAGCAAACAGAUCAUGCAACGUUCCAUUUUGAGCAAUGUAACGUGAACAGAAAACGUGAAGUAAAUCCACGUGGAAUGGCUUAUUCAUUCACAGUUAUUGUACAACUUCAUCCGUUAUUUAUUACAAAAGUUGAUCGAGCUUAUAAUGUACGAUGUUUCUAUAUGGAAGAGAACAAGGAAGUUGAUGCUGAACUACAAACAAUGUUAGCUUGGGAGAAGCUGAACGAUUUGACGACAUCAAUGCUUGAAUCAGGUCAUGCAAUGCCUCAAUGUUCCUAUACACUUCAUCGAGAUUCCCCAAAUGGACCGGUAUUACGAUACGGUCGAGUAGGUGACAUCGUAUUUCAUGUUUGGGAUUGUCCAUCAGAUGUUUAUGCAAUGCUUAUUCAUAGCUGCUAUAUUUUGGAUGGAUUAGGUGGACAGCAUCAAGUUAUCAAUGAAAAUGGAUGUUCAAUAGAUGAUUUCAUUAUUCCUCAAUUGACAUAUUCUAGUGAACUCACUCGUAGUUUUGCGGGAGCAAGUGUUGUAAAUCUUCCGGAUCGAGAAUCAAUUUAUUUUAGCUGUCAAGUGAAAUUAUGUUUUAAAAAGGGAGAUUAUUGUACCAAUGUGACGCCACCACGUUGUAACGAUCAAAUCUUAGUCACCACAAAUUGGAAAGAUGAGGAGAAGCAUAUCGAAGAUGAAUUACAAAAUGAUCAACUUUUGUAUACAACAAUUGGUCCAUUAGCUACAUCAAAUACUGUCCGAAUCGUUCAGACCGUUCCGCCAAAUACUAUCAUUACGUCAUCAUUCAAGAAUUCAUCUGAAUCCCAAACUUCAUCAUUCAUCGAUCAUGUCACUGCAACUGUCAAACUAACUAACGAAUCAGCCGCAAAAUCAUCGGAAAUUUUGUCGAAUGAAAUCUCGAAGCAAAACAAAUUUGCAUUUUUAAUUAGUAACAAUGAAAUAGAAGGUUAA